AUGCGUGUUGCUCAUGCAUGUUGGUCAUGCAUGUUGGUCAUGCAUGUUGGUUAUGCAAGUGGUCAUUCACGUUGGUCAUGCAAGUUGGUCAUGCAUGUUGGUCAUGCAAGUUGGUCAUGCAUGUUAAUCUUGCAUGUUGGUCAUGAAUGUUGGUCAUGCAUUUUCUGUUACGUUGACAUUAAUUUGAUUCCAAAAGAUGAAGCGAAUUCACCUAUUUAUAUAAAAAACGGAAAAUUACAUAAUCCAGAAAAAAUUCAAGUUGGAAACUAUUCAAUUAUUGCUUUAAAAUGGGACGUAGGUGACAAUAGUUUAUUGAUUUGCGGAAAUGGAAAUAAUAUUGUUAAAUUAUCUAAAUCAGAAAUAAAAUUUGAAUGUACAUCAAAUAAUACACUUAUAGAAAGUGGGACCAACAAAAAAUUCAUUUUAAAUGAUAAAAAAUGUUCAACAAAUAUAAAAGUGAAAGUAAAAGAUGCAAAUAAAACAUGUGAUUUUGGAAAUAUAAUUAGAAUUGGAUUUGAAAAUGAAAAUGAUUUUUAUGAAUACAUUGAAGUUUGUUAUCAUUAUGGAAGCGCUUCAACUAAAUACACAAAACAUAUUAUAAGUGGAAAAGCUAAACAACUUGCUACUAAUUCUAGUAUUGUUAUACCGUAUAAAAGACCAACAUUUAGUAAAGAUGGAUUACCAUUUCAUGCAAGGGACGGUGAACCAUAUAAAAAAGCAAAUCAAAUAAGUCGCUUUGAAAAUAUAACACAAAAUGAUGGUUCAAGUGCAUUCGGAACUUCUAGCUUUCUAGCAAUUGGUCAUUUAACUCCAGUAAUUGAUGGAAUUUUCAAUUAUUUAAAACAAGCUACAAUGUUUUAUAUCAAUGCAGCACCAGAAUGGCAGGAUAUAAAUGCUGGUAAUUGGAAACGUGUCGAAAAUAUUGCUAGAUGUACAGCAUUAACGUUAAAUGAUGAUUUAGAAGUUUACACUGGUAUAGCUGGAAUAUUAGAAUUGCCUAAUACUGAAAAUGAAUUACAAGAAUUAUACUUGAAAACAAUUGGUAAUAAUCCACUCAAAAAAAAGCCUCGUCUAAAUUCUGAUACAAUUCCUAAAGAAACUCAAGAUGAUAUAAUACCAGUACCGAAAUAUUUUUGGAAAGUUUUAAAAUAUAAAGAUAAAGCUAUUGCAUUUAUUACAUUAAAUAACCCAUAUGCAGUACAAAUAAAUACAAUAGAUCCUUGUAAUGAUAUAUGCAGCCAAUAUGGUUAUUCAACUAAUGGUACUAAUCAAGCUUUUCAUAAUUUUAAAACUGGACGUACAAACUGUUGUCAAGUAAAUGAUUUGGUUACAAAAUUUCCAAAUGAUGUACCAAAAGAAUUAGGACUACUUAAAGUAAAUAUAUUAAGAUACCAAGAUUGUCAAUAAAUUAUAAUAAAUA